AUCCCAGGACUCAUUUCUGCAAGCAAAGAAUCCAUGAGCUUAAUAAACGGUCAUCCUUGUUCAACAUUUUAAGCAAUUAACACUCAUCACCUUCUUUCAAUUUCGCCAUUUAUACACAUACGACAAUUAGGAUUGCUCUCUACUCGCACUAAUCCAAUCCAUGGCUUGUUCAAUUCAAGUCACUCCAUUCUAUGGCACCAGCUGUUCUAAUUCUCCCGUCACUAUUUUCUGCCGGAAACUUCACUCCGCCGUCAAUUUUGGCCGGAAAAUCGGCCGUCACAGAGUCGGCAGAGUAAUGAUGGUGCAGCAACCUGUCCAAGGAGCUUCCGCUACUUAUGCCAAAGAAAUGGAGCGCCUCUCUGCUAAAGAGUCCCUUCUUCUCGCUUUUAAGGAUGCUGGGGGUUUUGAGGGGUUAGUUUCUGGGAAGACGACUGAUGUCCAGAGGAUUGAUGUUAAUGAGAGGAUUACGAGUCUCGAGAGGCUUAAUCCAACGCCUCGUCCCACUACGUCUCCGUUUCUCGAAGGGAGGUGGAAUUUCGAGUGGCUAGGAACGGGGACCCCAGGGCUGUUUGCUGCUAAGAUUGUCUUCGAGAGAUUCCCUUCUUCAUUGACAAAUUUAUCAAAGAUGGAUGUCUUAAUUAAGGAUGGAAAUGCAAAGAUUACUGCACAGUUGAAAUUCCUAAACUCGAUUGAAAGCAAAUUUGUAUUAUCCACCAAGUUAUCUGUUGAAGGACCUCUUCGAAUGAAAGAAGAAUACGCUGAAGGAAUAGUCGAGUCUCCAACAAUUGAUGAAUCCACCAUACCUGAACAACUAAGGGGUGCUUUUGGUCAGGCUGCUACCACGAUGCAACAGCUUCCUGUUCCUAUAAGAGAUGUUGUGACCAAUGGGCUGAAAGUCCCUCUCAGUGGUUCUUACCAAAGAUUGUUUAUGAUUUCAUAUCUUGACGAAGAAAUUUUGAUAAUAAGAGAUACUGCUGGAAUACCUGAAGUACUUACAAGGUUGGAUACCCCUGCGGAGACCAUGGAAUCUGUUACAGAGUAUGUGAGUUAAAUGCAAUUCUCUUGUAUAUUCAAACACCGGAAGUAAUAUGUCACAAAGUUACAGUUCAGAGUUAGUAUACUGACAAUCCUCUCCUGCUCUUUCACACUACAAUUUAUCCGUUCUAUGUAAUCGUUUUCAUGUAAGUAUGUGUCUGCCUGCCUACAUAAGGAAAGUUUCCGAUUUUGUGAGCACAACCGGUCUGGACCGAGAUGAAAUGGUUGAUGGCACCAAAUAUAGGCAGAGCUAACUAACACUUGAGGCCUUGAGGGGGUUGGUAAUUUGUGAAGUGUCUUAUCUGUCUGUCAUGCUCUCUUUAUCUUGACACUAUAAUUUAAUACGUGACCAGCAUCAACUGUUUUCUUUAAAGUA